CCUGUAUGGUGAACGGAGCUAUGAAGAUUCCUUAUUUCAUAUAGACGCACGCGUCCUUCUUUUUUUCUCAUUACUGCUUUUAUGCUCAUUUCAAUCGUUCUCCUUUUGACAUUUAUUUGUCAUUUUGCUAUUGCUGAUGAGAAUAAAGUAUCCAGAUUAUCUGUCUAUCAUCAAAAAAAUGGCAAUUACAUAAGGCGUGGUGAUAUAGUAGGACUACCAGGCACAGCACAAUAUGUUCCUUCAGAUAACGAAAUUGUUGAAUUUAAUGAUCCAAAAGAAAUGUUUUAUCAAAUUAAAGUCAAGGAUGAAAACACAAACAACAUUUAUACUUCUACAGUAAAACUAUGUCAAAUGGUUGCAAGUGAUUGGAAUGACCAGUUCAUCUUACAUUUGGAUGAAAAUAACGAAUUCUAUCACCUUGAUUAUUAUUCAACAGCCAAAGAUUGCGAUGAUAAACUCAAUUUCCCAAUCACUACAAAACCAUUUAAAUCCGACAUAAAAGUCGUUAAAGCAGCUCCAGGUCCAAAACCGUUACUAGGCAACUUUGAUGCUCAAGCAAAACAACAACAAAGCUCUAAAAAGCCUACAGUGAACGUAAAUGAUCAAGCACCUCAAGGAAAGGAAGCAGAAGAAAAGAGUUUUUUCCAAAAAUAUUGGCCCUACAUUCUUUUCGCUGGUAUGGUCUUGAUGUCCGUUGGUGGAGAUCCUAAUGCUGGUAAUCAACCUGCGGCCAGACGUUAAUUUUACAAUAAAGAUAAAGAAAAAAAAACUUGAU